AUGGACAGGUUGCACUCCUCCAUGCGUAAAAGGCUCUACAGUUUGCCACAGCACAUUGGACAGAAAGCUUCAAUAAUGGGCGAAGGAGAAGACGCAGACAAGGACACCCGGAGGAAGAGUAUUAGGAUGAAGCCUCUACCGUCGCCGACUUCUGGGGGAAGCUGCAAAGGCAUCGUUGAGACCAAAAGUGGGGAUUCUGUGAUCAUGGAGACGGACAUUGGCAGACCGAUGAAGACCAGCUCAAAUGGAGAUUGCCGGAGAUUUCGAGGCAGCCUCUCGUCCAUCACAAGUCGGCAUGUGCACGACCCGGAGUCAGCGGAGGAGAGGAGACUCAUCACGGAGGGGGAUGUCACCCCGAGCGAGGAGAGCCCCCCUGGAGCCAUUGGUGAUGGGCCGCCGGAUCAAAGUGCGCAAGGGGCAAGUGGUGGUGGUGGUGGCGGUGGUGCCCAAAACGAGCCCCCAGAGCAGCAGUCAGGGUUUAUAAAGUUGGAUGGCAUUGAUCAAAUUCUGCCAGAUGACGAUAGAUUAUAUCAGGCUGGGUUCAUGCACAGACAGUUCGGAGCAAUGCUUCAACCAGGGGUCAACAAGUUCUCCCUAAGGAUGUUUGGAAGUGAGAAGGCGGUAGAACGGGAACAAGAGCGGGUUAAAUCCGCCGGAUUUUGGAUUAUUCAUCCUUACAGUGAUUUCAGGUUUUACUGGGACUUGACCAUGCUGCUGCUGAUGGUGGGCAACCUCAUAAUCAUCCCUGUGGGCAUCACAUUCUUUAAGGACGAGCACACGCCCCCCUGGAUUGUGUUCAAUGUGGUCUCGGAUACCUUCUUCCUCAUGGACCUGGUUCUCAACUUCAGGACUGGUAUCGUAAAGGAGGACAACACAGAGAUCAUCCUAGAUCCGCAGCAGAUCAAGAUCAAGUACCUGCGGAGCUGGUUUGCAGUGGACUUCAUCUCCUCCAUCCCCGUGGACUACAUCUUUCUCAUUGUCGAGACGCGCAUCGAUUCAGAUUUCUACAAGACGGCGCGUGCCUUGAGGAUAGUCCGCUUCACGAAGAUUCUCAGUUUGCUUCGACUCCUGCGGCUUUCUAGACUCAUACGCUACAUUCACCAAUGGGAAGAGAUCUUCCACAUGACCUAUGACCUAGCCAGCGCCAUGGUGAGGAUAGUCAACCUGAUUGGUAUGAUGCUGCUGCUGUGUCACUGGGAUGGCUGCCUACAGUUCCUGGUGCCCAUGCUGCAGGACUUCCCUGCUGACUGCUGGGUGUCCAAAAAUAAGAUGGUGAAUGACACAUGGGGACAGCAGUACUCCUACGCACUUUUCAAAGCUAUGAGCCACAUGCUCUGUAUUGGGUAUGGCAUGUACCCCCCGGUGGGCAUGACAGACGUGUGGCUGACCAUCCUCAGCAUGAUUGUGGGCGCUACCUGCUAUGCCAUGUUUGUGGGCCACGCCACCGCGCUGAUCCAGUCUCUAGACUCAUCUCGACGGCAGUACCAGGAGAAGUAUAAACAGGUGGAGCAGUAUAUGUCCUUUCACAAGCUGCCAGCAGAUAUGAGGCAGAGAAUCCAUGACUACUACGAGCACCGCUACCAGGGCAAGAUGUUCGACGAGGAAAGCAUCCUGGGAGAGCUGAACGAGCCGCUCAGAGAGGAAAUCAUCAAUUUUAACUGUCGAAAGCUGGUGGCGUCCAUGCCUCUGUUUGCAAACGCUGAUCCUAACUUUGUUACGUCCAUGCUAACAAAGCUGAAGUUCGAGGUCUUCCAGCCGGGGGAUUACAUCAUUAGGGAGGGUACCAUCGGCAAGAAAAUGUACUUCAUACAGCAUGGGGUUGUCAGCGUCCUAACCAAAGGCAAUAAAGAAACCAAGCUUUCAGAUGGCUCAUACUUUGGGGAGAUUUGUUUGCUGACGCGAGGCAGAAGGACAGCCAGUGUGCGAGCGGAUACAUACUGUCGUCUGUAUUCCCUGUCUGUAGACAACUUUAAUGAGGUACUGGAGGAAUACCCGAUGAUGAGAAGAGCUUUUGAAACUGUUGCCCUGGACAGACUGGACCGUAUUGGAAAGAAAAACUCCAUCCUUCAGCACAAGGUACAGCAUGACCUCAGCUCUGGUGUCCUCAACUACCAGGAGAAUGAGAUCAUCCAGCAAAUUGUCCAGCAUGAUAGGGAUAUGGCCCACUGUGCCCACCUAAUGCAGAACGCCCCACCCCAGACACCUCCAUCACCUACCCCUGUCAUUUGGGCCCCUCUUAUCCAAGCUCCACUUCAAGCAGCGGCUGCCACCACUUCUGUAGCAAUUGCCCUGACGCACCACCCCCACCUUCCACCAACGCUCUUCAGACCUCCGGUUUCUGUUCUGGGGUCCCUAAAGGACCCCCCCAGCAGAUUUAAGAAGUUCCAUACAUUUGUUCCUUCCUCCACAGCACCUGGAUCUGCUGGAGACUCUCCCUCUAGCACACCCUCUAAAGUGCGCACUGGGGUGGACAUGCCAUUGUUGGCCACUUUUCGGGCUCAGCAAAUGAUGUCAGGUUUAGGGGCAACUAGCUCUAGCCAACAAGCCUCAGGUAGUGGAGGCCAUCGUGGGCCUAGUGGAACUGGAUCUGUGUCCAGUGCAGGAGGGGCCUCUGCCUUCCCCUUUGGACCAUAUUCAUCAUCUGGUUCACCCUCAUCUAGUACGGCACAGUUGCACCCUCAACCCCAGCACCAACAGCCCUUUCGCUCCAAUACCCCACCUCUCUCAAACCUCUUCCACCAAGGCUCUAUAGGUGGGAGCACAGGGUCAGGAAUAAGUGGAGGGGCAGGUGGUGCCUGCGGUGGGACCACAGGUUGGUCUUCAAGUGGAGCAGUUGGAGGUUCUGUAGAUGGCGCCACUGGAGGUGACACUGUUUGGGCUACAGAGGACUUAACAGUUACCACAACAGAAGCAGCUCCAACAGGACACUUUGGGAUUGGGAGAGCCUCUGGAGGAUCAGUAGGAGGGACCUCAGGGGAAUCAGUGGGAGCCAUGUCUGAAGGAUCAGUGGCAUGUACUGCCAGUAGAUUAGGAGAUGGGUCAUCACUUGGUUCAGUGGGUGGUGUUAUAGGAGAUGUAGUCAGGAGAUCUGUGGGAGGGACUUCUAAAGCAUCGCUGGUGGUGACAACUACUGGAGGAUCACUUGGAAGGGCCUCAGUUGGAUCAGUGGGAAUAUCUCCUGGAGGAUUUACAGGAGUAGCCCCUGUAGGAUCAAUUGGAGGGGCCUGUGGGGGACCAUUAGGAGGGGUUUCUGGAGAAUCAGUGUUAGGAAAUUAUGGAGGAUCGUUAGGAAGGUCUUCUGGUGGAUCAAUAACUAGCCAUAUAGGGGGAAGUUCUGUGGGAGGGGUGAUUGGAGGACAUUUUGCCAGACCAGCAGGAGGGGCAACAGGAAGUCAUAUAGGUGGAUUGACAGCUUGUCCUAUAGGAGGGACCUCUGGUGGGAUUACAACUGGACAUGUUGAUUCCUCCCGUUGUCAGAGUCCUGUAUCUACCGGUUCAUCCAGUCCUAUGGCUGGGCAGCUUCACCACAGCCAGCCACUUCCCAAACCUCCUCAGGUGGCCCCUCUGCAGCAGUUUGCAGGGGGAGGUAGAACUACCAGUGGCUUAAACCUCCUCCACUCCCCUCCACAAGGUUCCCCAUCUUCUAGUAGAAGACAGCACAGUCAACCACCUUCUGAUGGCUCCCCAUCUUCCCUCAGCCAUUUUAGCCUGGCAGGACUCCAAUCUGGCUUCCUGCCUCACCAGAUGUCCCUAGAGAGAUCUGCCUUGGCCUCCUUGGCCCAGUAUGGUUCGGCAAAUGCCUCUCCCUGCCUUACCCCAGUGGCACCCAGCCCUACUAUUCAAAGCCCAGUUGCAGGGAGGACUUUCCAUUAUAGUGAUCCCUCCAGUGCCACAGGAUCCCAUAGUUCUUUGCUCAUGCCUCAGUCUUCUCUCCCUUCACAGCAUCCCAACCAGCCUCAUGCAACAGGGAGAGAUUCUCCAGUGGGUCGCUUUUCUGAGGACCUAAAGCUUUUAUCCAGCUCACACUCAUCACUGCCCCAAGAGUUGGCCCAGGCCUUUGACCACCAAACUCCUCAUUAUUCUAUGGAAACUGGUUAUCACCCCUCUCCCUUUUCCUCACCCACUCUUAUGCCCAAACCCUGUAGCUCAGUACCAGGGCGAAUGACUCCUCCAGUCCAGAUGUCUCCUGGGCACUCACACCAGACUCAGUCCCCGGGGGACUCCCCUCUACGAAGGGGCACUGCUGCUCAUGCAUCAGAUCUAGAACCUCAAACUGUGCGCUCAAAACUCCCUUCCAAUUUGUGAGGAUUGAUCACACCCACCUGUGCUCCUUCAAACUGAAACACACACUACAAGUGUGACUUUGCUGUCUUUCUGUCUUCAGACUUCACUGUGUUUCACCUCAUUUUACCAAGAUCUUAACUUUACUGUGAUUUAAGACAUUUUACUGGGUAUCUCAAAUCUCUAGAAUACUCUGUAUUUGUUUUAUCAUUUAUCCUCUUUUCAUACAUACUGUAUAGAGAUAGAGAUAUAUUUAGACGAUAAGUUAAUCAAGAGACAGGGAGGGUGUGAAAAAAUAUCUCAUUUAAAGGACUGUCAUUUUGUUUAUUUCUAUAACUAUGCCAAAUUUAUCUGGUGAUGUUUGGGACUACAAUUUAAUGGACUACACAAUAAUACUCUUUUACUGCAGGAACCUAUGCACUAAUACCUGCAUGUAUAAAGGCUUUUUGUGUGUUUAAAAAAAAAUUAUUUACAUUUUUAGCUAAAGCAACAUGCUUCACAACAGGCUUACUCUUGUACCAUCUAAUACAGGAUCACAUAUUGUUGAUCCUUAAAUGUAUCUAUUAGAUUGUACUUAUUUAUCCUCUGUAAAAAGUUUUCAAAACCUUAUGGGAGAUGGAGAAAAGAUUUUAGGAAACCAAAAAGACUUUUCCUGUGGGGUAAUAAUUCUCCUUUUCUUGGCCCAUCUUGGUCGAUUCUUUUUUAUACCAUGUUAUCGUAAUAAUACUGUUUCUGAUGCAGGGGAAGAGGGGUUCAGCGAGCUACCCUCCAUCUCAAUAUUGAGACGUAACAGUAUGUGAGUGACUGGCUUUUGGCAGAGUCCUCAACCAUGCCCUAACAAGCUCACUUUGUCUUCCAAGCUCAUGCCGCUAAUGUGUGUAGAAAGCAUGUGUUGUUUGUCUUCCUGACUGUGUGCAACUGUUAAUGUGUGAGUGUUAGUGAGAAUAAUGUGUGAGUCUGUAGAACAGUCAGAUAUAGGGCAAGACUUUUCUCUGGACUGAUCUAAAGUUAGUUUGCCUUUUACAUACAAACACUAGGACUUCCAUUAAACCCAGCUUGUGUGUUGCAUCGUGUAGCACUCAGACCACUCAAAAUGAAAUCAAAUAGCCCAACCCCAAACCUGACCAGUUAGCAAAUACAGCACAUAAGUUACAGCACACAAGCUGAAAUAUCCUAAAAGUGCUGGAAGUGAAACCAUGCCACUUGAUAAGUAAUUUGUGCGUUACUUCUUCUACUGUAGCUGCUAUACACACAGACAUGUCUCUUCAUUGAAGGCCAUUGCUCAGUUGCGGAUGUUGAAUGUAUGUGCAUUUUAUUGUUGUUAAAAAGUAAGUACUGCAACCCUGCUAGAUGCACCCAUGGCAUGGUGCUCUAGUGGUUUAAGAGACUGUUCCCUAACUAAAAAGGUCAUUGCUUCAAUAUCUUAAACAGUUGCUUUCAUUUAGAAUAUUUUUUUUCCUGCCAAAGUGUCCUUUAGUAAGACACAGAAUCACUACCCACUUAUUUGUUGUAAAGCAGUGUGGAUAUGACUCAUGGUCCAUAAAGGAUUGCCUUACUCCUGUGCUGCUGCUAUAACUUGUAAUUUUUAUUUAAACUGAUAAUGUUAUUUUACUGACAGAUAAACACGUACAGGUCAAUAUAAAUGCAUUACACGGCGCAUACGUACGAUAGAUUGCAUUAAACUGUGUGCAUUCUCAGAUGUACUAGUAGAAAACACCUAUGCAUAGUAUACUGUAUGUGUUUUCAUACAUGGACUGACACUAUCAGAGAGAUUUACAGUGAUCAUAGUAGAGGAAGGUAUCACUAAACUCCCAAAGGAGGGGAGCUGAUAUGCUUCUACAUGUUUUUCUACAACUCAUCACCAAGACAGACCUGGGUUCCAUACAGACAGCUGAGUCCCUAACUCAGUCACAGCACUCAGCUACAGGAGCCUAAUUUAACAAGACAUGUCUGUAAUCCCUUGACCCUCACAGGCUAUCAUGGACUGGCACACAGAAGAGCACAGUGACCAUGCGCUCCCCUCAUUACAGUUCCCAGAAGUCCCUAUAAUAAGGUAUAGCAAUACAUGAUAUGACACCCAGCUGCACGAAUAUCCAUUUGCAGACAUGCUUCCAAUCACAGACCACACAUUUAGAUCAGAUAGGCUAGGUGAAACGGCAUGUACGUUUUGCAAGGUACUGGCACAGAAUGGAAUAGCAUGGAAUUUGAUUUAGUUUCAUUUUCAGGCAAAAAGGGGGGGGGGGGAUAGGGAAUAUGACAAAUUAUUGUUUCCAGAGUUUUGUCUCAAUUCUGCUUUCUGGAAUGUAAUUUUCAGAAUUUAUAAAAAAUAAAGAGAAUGUAUUUGAUAAAUUGUUAACCACUAUGUGAGAGAGAGCACAGGCCAGACUGAACCUGGUGUAGUGGUGUGUAAAGUGGGUGUUUCCAGUGUCCUGAACCACUAGAAUUUUUUCCUUAAAAUUAAUAGGUGACUAAAUAAAUAAGUAUAUUCCCUUGAAUCAUUCUGUGCUUAACCAGAUCUCUGACCAUGCAGUUCCUCUGACUGAGCUGAAACACUGCAGAACAAUCCUCAUAAUCCUAUGGUUCCACAACCCAAAGCGCUGUCGCUUUGACAAAUAGACCAGACCACUUUUAGUCUUGAUACUUUAAAUGUUUCCUUGCUGAAUAUUAGAGAUAAGGCUCUCUUUUUAAUUACUUUUAAGUACAAGAGUGUGGACUCAAUGGCCACAGUGGAUAAAUAAUGGCUAAAACUUGCAGACGCUGGCUGAAGAAAUCUAAAUAUAAGGUCUAAUUAGUAAAGAACUGCAGAUAGCCGUAGAAAGCUGAAUGCAAACUUUGUGUAAGAUCAUGUGACAUCUCCAACAUGGGGAAGUGGCAAUUAUAAUGUGCUGCACCCAAAGUAAAUCUGUAAGAAACGCUAAUUUUAAUACCUUUAUGACUAGGGAUUUAAUUUCUCCUAUUUGCAGUCGAUAUGAAUGGAUGCACUCCACAAAGCAUGACAGAUUUGUGUAAAUAUAGAUUUAAAAAAUAAAUAAAUAAAAGAUUUUUAGUCCCCAAUGCCAAGCGACAAUGUUUAACGAAAGUGAAGACAGCAUACAUAACUACACUAAUCAAUAGUUCUGUUAAAUUUUGUUUUAGAAAAUGCAAUAACAACCAAGUUAUUGAUCAGUGGUAAAAAGAAACAUCAGUCGUCCAACCCCGAACAGCAAUGUUUUUCCAAGAAUAAACAACAAAAUCCUAACAGCAUGGUGUGGCAUUUCCAGGUGUGAUGGUCUCAUCAGUCACUCAGAUAUUAAAACUUUAUUAAGCCAGAACAUUUAUUCAGUUCUAUUUCUUAUUUUACUUACAAAUCUGAUUAUUCUUGAAUGACAUUAGACAGGUGCCAUUAGUAAUUGACUGAACUGAAGCAUCUUUUCAAAGUUGUCACUGCAGACAGAGCAGGUGUCUCUGAGAGGUGUUUUGUUUGCCUGUCCAUGCUGGCUAUGGUUUAACAUCUAGUAGUCAUCAUCUGUGUGAUUAGCAUGACUCUGAAAUCUUUGUGUAUGCAGCGUGCUAGAAUUACACGUAAAGGCUCGUUCCUCCAUAGUACAAAACCAUCCAGAGGGGUGAAGGAUGGUGGGACAGAAAAACAAUGAGAGAAAGCAAACACUAAGAGCUCUCUUUUGGAAUACUGAUGGUCUGCAUACAUUUACAGCUUAGUCUUCCUGUACCUGCUAGCCUUGCACUGCACAAAAGCAGAAAAGCUGCUGUGCCUCACACAUCAGAAAAAGUCCCCUUUUUUCCUCACAAUAUGACCUUAUUAAGGUGUUGGAUUGGAGAACAGUUUGAAGUCAGACUGCGAGACAAAGGUGUAUAUGUGAGUAGACAUUGACACGCUAAAGGUGUGAUGUAGUUGGACACAGCCACAGGGAACGUAAGUAGACAGGCACCUUCAUGCUGGCAGGGCUCUUAUUUCUGGAGGACUUGUGGCAUGUCGGCCCUUCCUUAUGAUUCUCCCUGAACACUAGUGGAUAUUUGUCAGUGUGGUAUUGAUUUGAAGGCUAUGAGGGAAAGCGCUGAGGGUUGUUAUGUAGCUUUUGUAUCCCAGGCUGCUCUGCGGGCUCGAUGCUACGGGUGGGCUCUGUCAGAGGAGGCUGGGACAAGGAGGCACAGGUCAGAGCUUAUGGGGAGAGCCGCAUUGAACAGAGAUUGAUUAGUUGGCUCGAACUUAGUCUGGUCCAUUAUUGCAGAUAAGUGGUUUGGGGGAGGGGAUGGCGGGAGUCUGUAGUCAGUUGAACCAGUCACUGUCAGUUAAAGAGCCGACACAGUCUGCAUGAUUUUAUGUCCAUCUCAUCGAGGCAACACUUUUUUUGGCAAAAUCUCCCGUCUCGGACAUUUUAUGCAAGAGUCAAUGCCAAUUUUUUUUUUUUUUUUUUUUUUUUUUGUAUGAAAUUAAGGAAAGCAGAUUUUGAUUGAUGACCAUGCAGCUUUGAAAUUGUGUAAUGAAAAUGAAAAGCGCUUUCAUAAUCCCGAGGGUCAUGAAAUUUUCCCAACUCACAGAAGACCAUGUAAUCCUUCUUUCCGAGUAAAGCUAUUGAAAUAACCAAAAUUGGAGUAACAAGAUUUUCACCUGACAGCAAUGUUUAUUCUUCAAGGGGAUUUGCUAUUUCCAUCCUCCCAGACUAUUUGCUGCAGCUGCAUCUGUAGUAUAAUGUAGUAUAGAGACUGUUUUUCAGAGGAAUCAGCUGGGAAUUAGAUAAGGAGGCUUUGAAACUUUUUGUGUCUUUGGAGAGAACCGAAUAAAGAAAAACACGGUGAGUCACUGGCUCAUGCGGGGAACUAUUUUCAUUAUGUUUCCUUGUGUCACACAACUAAACAAGGGGGAGAAAACAGCUGUUUGAGAGACACAGAAAUAAAGCAAUGAAGGGUAGCUGAGGGGUCGCGGAUGUUCUGUCCAAACAUUCCAAGAUGGUUCAUUUAAGUCAGUUUAAAGCACCACGCUGGAAAAAACACCUGAUGCAUCUCUGUUUUCAUCUGUUAAGUUGUUCCAUUUUAAGAUCCUGCACUGGUAUUGUUUGGUUGCUUUACUUCAUUUUAGUCCUCUAGCUCAGGGCUUCCUAGUCUUGUGCAUUAAACAGCAUAUUUUACUGUAAAGAGGAAAUAAGAGUAAAUCUGCAAUAUCUGGUCAAAGUUAUUAAUCACGUUCUCUUCCCGAAGCCAUUUCUUGCUAAGGCCCCCAUCAGUCACCAUUAUUAGUUAGAUCUUUAGCAACCACUCAGAGUGUAUGUUGCUGCAGUGCAACCCCCAUCACAGAGCUUUGGAGGCGCUCCACAUGGCACCUUGGUUCCAUUUCCUAUUCAUGGUUGUUUUUGUAACAUAGCAUUCUGAGAUUCUGUUUGGUGCACUUCCAAUUUCACUGCCUAAUCUUAGCCUCCCUCUCCCUUUGUGCUGCCCAACUCGCCCAUGAAUAUGGGUGGGUGAAUCAGCGAUGCACACUAAUGAAAUCAUUUGCUGUGAUUGAGGAUUAGAUGUAGCAGCAGUAGAAUUGAACCUGCAAUUUCUCGGGGGAGACAAGGCAUGUGUUUUUCUGAGGACCUCGUUAUUCAUUCAUUGCCACACAUUGCUCCCACCCCCUACAAACACUCAACAUAUUUUCAUAUACGAGCACCAGAAUCAGGUGUUCAGUAUGACAAUGUACCUCAGAGUAUUUGGAUAUGAUAUACGGAUUGCUAUAUGUAGUGAAAAGUUCUGCUUAUCGUAGCAUCUAAUAGAAAUGACCUCUUUAGCUGCAGCAGCAGCAGUGAAAUGGAAUAAAACAACAGUAAUGUUAUUUUGACCACAAAGUGGGCUGUUGGGCAGUGUAACCAGGAUGUGACCCUAUUUUGGAAUGCCAUAAAAAAGUGAGGUGAAAGAUGGCAUCAACUGUAGAUCCUUCAGGGUAACAACAUUGUACAAGUGACAUGACCAGACUCUCUCUAUGUGGCUGUUCAACAUAGUUAUUAUUUCAUGAUAGUUUUUGAUUGUGGAGACACUCUCAAACAGACGGGUUUGGUAAACACAUUUGCAAAUCUGAAGCUUAGAAUUAUUUCUGAGAAUCCCGUGUUAAAGCCAAAGGUGAGGCAGUUCUUUUGCUGGAUUAGUGCAGAUGAAGCAAGAGAUGAGGGUUUGCGUAAAAGAAAUCCAUCUUCUCGAAGCUGUCUUUCAUUUGCUGAAGUACGUCCUAUAAUUCCACUUAAUCUGAUGUUGGAAACAUAGCGUCAACAAGGUACUUACUUAUACAGAUUUAUAUACUGUAUUUCCAUAGGACCUAUUUAUAUUUCUGUAUUUAUUUUAGACUCUGUAAGCAAUGUCACCAAAUUGUGUGUAUGUACAGAUGAUUUUGUCAUCUAUGUCUAUGAUUUUAAGGGAACUUGUCAUUUGCAUUGUGUAAUCUCUCUACCAUGGUGCGGCGCAGGAGUGGGACAUUUUCUUUACAUGAUGCUACAGACCAAGACUUUCUACCUGAAGGAUCGACCUUUUUGUUUCAAGAAGGCAGUGACUGGUUCAACACUCCUCACGAGGACACACACCCUUCUGAAGAGGACAGUAUUUUGACUGUUUGAUAUUGUUCAACGGAUAUCAAUCUAUUUUUUUCUGCAUUUAACAUGGGAGCAAGGGGAAAAAGCAAUAAGGGAACUGUACAGGUAUGGUGUGACUGGAUGUGUACCUACAGGACAUUGCGCUGACCCACACAAUAACCACACACACAGUAGCCGUGGCUCGUAGUUUGUGUGGCAGUGAAAGAAGUGAGGCAAAUACUGCAUUGUCGAUAAGCACACAUACUGGUUGAAAUAAAACAGUAUAGAAUAAAAUAUA